ACAGGGGUGCCGUUUCGGUUGGGUUUCACUUUACCGUUUUUCACCCAUUCUGUUGUGCGGAAGAUGUAAAUUUUCAGUUUCGAACUCAUCGUCACCCCGUUACUGUCACCAUGGCGAACGCUUCGUCCACUAAUCCCAUCGACGAGGGCCUCCAAGAUCUGGGCGUUCCGGUGCCGGUGCAGACGUUCCUGUGGCAACAGAUAGCACCCUUCAUCCGGCCAAAAUUGGGCAAACUGCACGAGGCCAGCUGCAUGUUCUGUCAACACGCACCCGGACACCAUGAGCUGAAGGAAGCGUGCAAGUCCUUCGAGAAGGUGCUUGUGCAGAACAUACAGUUUGGACUCUCACCAUCACUAACGUCCGCGCUGGAAUCGAUCCCAAGAUGGCGCAUUGUGCAGGCUGCCUUACCGCACGUCAUACACUGUGCCGGUGCCCUGAUGCACAAUCGUGUCAAAGAUCUACAGGCGCUUGGGUCGGCCGAAACCAAGAUACUCUAUACGCUUCACUGGAUACUGCUGUUUGCUGCCGAGGAAUGUGCGGAUGCCGAAACGGACAAGGAUAAUGCGACGAACAAUUACCUCUUCUCAAUACCAACGAUAUCGCUGUUCGUAUUUUUGUUCGCACCCAUCGCGCACAUGCUGAAGGAGUCCGACUUCCAAAACUUUCGGCUCGAAAAUGGGCUGAAAAUGUGGCAGGGAAUGUGGGAGUAUCGGGCACCGAAUGCACCCUGCUUCACGGCACCGGUGAAACCGAAGGCACGCAAUUUACUGAGCUCCGUUAGCACUACUCCGUCGCCCGAGGUGUUCUCACCCAGUAAGACAAGCGUGUCAAGGGUUUUUUUCAAGAAUGAGACUAAACUUGUUCGAUUUCCUUCUAUCAUCUCUGCAGAGAAAAUGGAAAACAUUGAAUCACCACCGAGCAUCUACUCAGGCAACAUCAAGCACGAUGACGAGCUGUCGUUCGUAUCGUCCCCAAAAGAUUCCGUCUUUCCGGAAACCAUCCCGGAAGAGGCGUCCAGCAUUGAGGAGGAGCGUGUAGUGAUCUUUCGACUACCGAUGGAUGGUGGCGUACCGGAUCCAUCGUACUAUACGGCCGACGCUAGCCUUCUGCAUCAUGGUGCCAAGUUCAACAAACCUUCCGCACAUCAAACACCGACCAGCAGCGGCAUUGGGAUGAGGCCUCAUCCACUGCACCAAUCAGAUCAUCGCGGUGAACCUACAAGCUUCGAUUUCGAUAGGAUUGACACGUAUAGCAAAGACUCGAAACCGAAGACAAGUUCCUCGACGGAACGGGAGUCCUUCGAUACGGAUCCUAAAAUGUCGCAAGGUCACAAGUGUGAUGUCAUAGCUGCCACCUUUCUUGAUGUAGCCGUACUGCGUUGCUUGUUCAUUUCCCACUGGCAAGAGGAAGGUGUAUACUGGAGUUUACAUUACUUGUACAAUCGACUGCGUGACAUCAGCGAAGAAACGUCUGCCCUUCCAUCCCACCCGAGACGGCGUUCGAACUCGCUACCCAUACCGCAGAUUGAGAUUUCACUCUAUCAAGGUCCCAGCAGUAGUCGGGAUAGUCCCAGCAUCGGUUCAGCGAACAAAGACUACAUAGAGAUACCGGAUCCACCGAUCCCCGCCCUGCUGGCAGACGCACCGUACUACGUCUCCAAACUCCCAUCCGAUGAAUCGUCCCUUGGGCCGCUCAGCGAACGGAAGGGUAGCGAAAAGAAGCGUCGCGUCAAGAUGGCCGACCUGCGCACAUUGAUCGAAACACGCAUCCUGUCCAAAUCGGACCGUGGGUUGGAAAAGAUUGGACUCGAUGCAAACACCAACGGGAAGCGACUCCAGCAGAUGGAGUGUCACCGCAGCUUGGACACAGGCGAACGACAACUGUCCCGCUCGGCGUCGAUGAUAUCGCGUGCACCAUCAACGAACCUCGUUAAGGGGAAAAGUAUGCCCAGUUUAAGCUGUCUCAUUGAUGGCGGAUGUCAUCGAAACAUCGAACCACCACCGAAGGUUAUACGUAACGUCCAAUCAAACGUACAGUCGAGACAAUCGAGCACAACGCCCAAGUAUCCGAUCAUCACCGUCACGGAGCACACGCCGACACCGUCACCGGAUUAUAUGAAGCGACAGGGUUCCAUUGACUCCCAGCUGGACGCACUGAGUGCUGGUGGCAGUACAGGAAUGUUCAAAUCACAGAUGCUACGAUCACAUACGGAUUCUCACAUCGGUUACACAUGCAUCUCGGAUGAAACUGAAGCGCCCGGUUCUUGCUUCUACAUCACUAAGGAGGGUACGAUCGACUAUGAGGUCGUCCUGCUUGCAGUGCACUGUGUGUUCAAGCGAGACUCCAGUGUCUGCACGUUGCGCGUGCUGGAGGCGGGUCUCAACAUCUGCGAGAUUCUACUGGAUCUGGGCGUACUGAAGCUGGGUGAUCAUGCGCAUUCGCUAGCGAUCGGUAUCGUGAAGCGGGCGUUCAUGCAUCUCGGGUGUCCGCACGGCUGUAACGAUGCCAACCGUGGCCCACCGGCAGAAGUGUUACGUACCACUUGUAACUCCAUCCUAUCGCGACUGCUACGCCAGAAUGGGAAAAUCCUGAAGGCAAACUUGCGUGCCUUCAUUAAGGAAUCGCCGAUACAUGAGAUCACCGAUUUUUUCCACGCGUAUCUCGGCUUCUGUGUGGACCCCAGCUCGCUACUGUCACCGUUGAGCGGCCAGGGCGGGUACGCGACCAACUUCGGUAGCGGACUGACCGGCGGCACGGAGAGUCAACUGAUCGGGGCCAUCUUUAAGACGCUCGCAACCCGGCUGGUGCAGUCGCUGAAGGAACUGAAAUCCCAGGACAACCUUGCGCUCUACUGUGACAUCCGGCAGCUCAUCACGUACGUGAAGGGUGCCCACGGUGGUCCAUUCCGUGUGGUAGCGCUCAGCGGCAUUCUGGCUGUUACGCCACGCCCUCACAAGCAGGCACCAAACAUGCAAACAACGCGUGUCAUACGCCACCUGCCAACGAACGACAUCCAGCUAUUGCAGCAGGAUGAGAAGGCACAGCGCAAGCUGCUGUUCAAGAAGAAGAGCACAUCCUCGACGUGUGUCCUGUUAGAGACGGAGGGUUUUGAGGAGCCGAGCCGGGCCAGCCAGAGCCCGUUAAGCAAUCUGCGCCGUAAGGGGCCGCAAGUGCGGCCCACCCUUACCCCUCGCCACAGCGAGCGGGCUUUAUUGUCUGAUUCUACUUCCAGCUCGGAGCGUAACUCGGUCGGUCGGCUGACGGGGAUCGUGCGAUGGUUCCGGCGUUCGAAGGAUCGCGAAUCGGUGGACCUGGAGUCGGGCAUACUGGCGGCGAGCGGAUCGGAAUCGAUGGCCAACUUCAUGCGGAAGGGUUCGCUCAACUUCCAGACACGCAACCGUGCAACCGAGGGUAUCGGCAGAUCGAUCCAGAAGGCGAAGCGGCGUCUCAAUCGCUUGGGUCUUGGCAAGGGCAAGAAGAAGACGGGUGGUACCGAAGAUGUUGGGGGAAAUUUCAGCAGAAGAAGUUCACUUGACGUGAGUGAUGGACCGCGUGAAUCUGAGGUGGUAGUACUGAAAGAGCGACGCCUCAUUCCAACGAUACCGGUUCGGGAAGGCAUGGCUCGGUUUGCACUUUUGUUGGAGGUGUGCGCCCCUGGAUCAGUUCCCGAUCCCGCACUGAUCACUGCUUUGCUCGAUCUGCCGCAAGCUCCGAUUGUUGCUCGAGCGGCCUUCUUGAUCGAGUGUGCCCACUUCGUUCAUCUGUGCAAUCGCGGACAGUGGCCAUCGUGGAUGAAACAAAACCUGCCAAUCUUUAGACCAUCGGGACCGGCAAUGGGAACCCGUACGGCAAUGGCGGCCGGGACGCGUCGUGCACACGUUCUUCAGCGUGCGGCUGGCAAAAUGUUUCAUCAGUGGGGCGAAGCAUUAGGCGCUCGGUUGAACGAGAUGAUCAACAACGAUAAACUAAACUCAGAGCAGUUGGCUGCCAGUUUAUCUGAUCCUGAAAAACAGAAACAAUUGCUUCAGCAGGACGAGGAGGAAGAUUUCCUCGAUGAAACAAGCGUCAAUCCACAUGGAAACGAUUGUCCACCGGCACUGAAACUGAUCGCCUGUGUACUUUUGCUAGAGAUCACUGCCUUCCUGAGGGAAACGUACCAAACAUUGCCGAAAGCAUCACGACUAUCCACCAAGGAGAAGCACACACCGUGGGAUAAAGUUUGCCGAGGUGAAACUAAUCGUCGUUGGUCUAUGGCCCUCAGCUCUAUGGGCGGGCAUUCGCAAACGUCAGCGCAGAGUCUACAAUCGAUAGCCGGACAGACGGAACGCAAGAUUUCGUUCGUACUGCAGGAACCGGACAACGAGUCGGAAAACAGUAGCAACACAACACUUACCAUCCAGGGCGAGGAAAACAAGCGUACGUUGGCUACAUCAAGGAACUUUCUGUUGCGUCGUGGCACGUCCGCAACACCGGCCGGUGGUUCGUUUAAGCGACGGUCGCUGAAGCUUCGCCGCGGUGCUAAAGAUCUGAAGGAAGUAGAAAAUGACGAUUCCAUUCAAUCUAAAAGGAAGGUAUCGUCACUCUCCGAUAGAAGCGAUAACUCUGAACCAGGACAAAUCAGUGGCGGAGAAGAAUCACCAGGCAUCUUAAGCGAUGAUCAACCACCGGAAUCUCCGUGCGAUUCGAACGAAUCCGACGAAACAACCAAGAACCUUCCAUGGCUUAAAUCGGUAUCGAAUUUUUUGGGCUCGUUCAAUUAUUACUGUGAUCAUCAAAACUUUUGCCACCCGUACUGCUACCGGCGGCAUAUGCGUGCUGCUACAAAGCUGAUACGAGCUAUUCGCAAGGUUUACGGCGAUGAGUUUGGCGUUACUCCAGUCACCUACGCGCAGCCGAACGAGUCCACCAAGGGAACUACGCGUCGCGAUCGAUCAAAACAGGGCCGCAAGGUGUCGGAUCAGAGUUCAUCUCAAACUUCACCUUCCAAGCGCAAGGACAGCGUCACGAAACGUGAUCGGAUCUUGCUGCAAGACGAGUCCGAACCAAACACCUCCCAGUACUCAACGUUCAUACACGAACCGAAACACCACCAGGAAGAUCCACCGGUGCUAAAAUACAUCAAAAAUCAAGUCCGUGACGUCUUUCACGCUCCCAUAGCGUCACUCGUCAAGGGUGCAGCCGUGCUGACGGAGGAACAGUUUGUUGAGGUCAUUCCGAUUGCAUGGGAACUGCUGCUGGAAACUGACCAGGAAGUGUCCGCUGCUUCUGCGGCCCUGUUCAUACUGGCCUCGGUGAAGGCACCCAACACCGCGACGGACAUUAUGCAACGGUCGCUAAAGAACAAAUGUCCCAACACUCGCAUUCAGGCAAUUCUACGCUACCAGGUGCUGUGGAAGAAUCGCUUCCAGGUGUGGCCACGCAUGGAGGAAGGCGCACACCUUUCGUUCAAGGUGCCACCGCCCGGUAUUGAGUUCACGCUACCUUCACCGAAGAUUGGCAUCGAAAGCUUACCGGUGGUUGACCCGCCCUGGAUGCCUCGCCAGCAAAACAAAGACAUGGAGGUCACGUUGAAUCAGGAGCGGCAUCGCUCAUUGGUUACGGCUACAAAAACGCGCAAAAAGCAGCAAACGGAAGCGAUCCGUCAUGCGAUGCUGCAGCAGGAAGACAAACAACGCUCGGAGCGGCAGAGUUUCCUUAUCACUACGAUUCCCAUUACGCAGCAGGCGGCACACGAACCCGGUCUUGAUCAUGGGCCUGCUGAGGAUCACGUCGAGGAAGAGGAGGACGGUACCAGGUCGGCUAUCCACAUGCAUGCGGCCCAUUCGCUGUUCCCGUCCUGCCUGUGCUCGUCCGUGAUGCAGAUCGUGGCGUGCUUGGAUGAUGCCGCCGUCAACUCGGACGGCUGUGCCGUGUACGAGGUGGCCUAUCAGGUCAUCUGGAUAUGUCUCGUUGAGGAUUCCGCCCUGUUUCUGCGCUACGUGCUCGAACGCUUAACGCGCGACCAUCAGGAUCAGAUGUUUAAGCUGCUGAGACAUCUGAUUCGGUUUGUGCCGCGGCUGCCACAGCAGGCGGCAUUCGCACUGUACAACUACAUCAUAGGGUACGUGAUGUUUUACGUACGAUCGACACAUGAAUGCAGCCAACAGCUCGUUGGAUCGGCAUUGUCCGUACUCUGGAUGGUAGUGCACAGCGUGCACGGUAUAAUGUUUAAGGACCUGAAACAGAUCCUGCGCAAAGAGCAGUGCGAUGCAUCGAUCCUACUAACAGCCAAUGUGCCCUCGGCGAAGAAAAUUAUCGUACACGGACCGGAAGAUGAAGGUGGAAUACCGUCCCAGUUCCCGGUGCAAGAAGACACACAAUUCUCUCAGCUACUCAGCGAAUCGUUAGACUUUUUCGGCAUCGAUGAGAAAAAGCACGCACAGCACGUGCUGGUCGACUACAAGAGCCACCAAAUUCUGAACCCCAACUGGUACGUGCGAGAUCUUUACUUUUUCAAGCGGUCACAGUACCCCCAACUGCGCCUGGUGGAGAUGAAAACGGAGGAAUCGUUCAAUGCGCUGCAGCGCCAGGAGCUGUGCAAAAAGUUCGUCGAGAUCGGGAAGGUACAUCUGACCUGGGCCAUCCUAAAAAACGUGGACAUGGUCGUGCAACGGGUAGUGUUCCUGCACGAAGAGCUCAUGAAGCUGCCAUCCUUCCCGCGCAAAGCGCUCGAGGUGGAUCUGGAUCUGCAUCAGGGCGGCGAGCUCGGCAAGGAACUGCUCGGGCUGGAUGUGCUGCACAAGUUCAUGUGGGUACGGUUGAUAGCGCGCAUGUUCGAAGCGAUGGCAGGCAACUUUGCCUAUUCCGCCGACAUACAACUGUUUCUGAAUGUGCUGUCCGGGGCCGCACUGCUACACUCGGAGGAUUCCUGCAUCAUGCGCUACGUCACCGCCACCUUCAUCAAUGCCGCGUCCAACUUUAAGAACAUCUUCUCCACCAACGGUUACUUCAUGAUCAUGCCGGCAAUGUUGCAGGUGUAUUCGCUCCAUCAAACGAACAAGCUCGUCACGACCACGAUCGAGUAUGCGGUGAAGCAGUUCUACCUGCUGAACCGGAAACCCUUCAUACUGCAAAUGUUCGGCUCCGUGUCGGCCAUCCUCGAUACGGAUGAGAAUGGAACGUACGGCGAGGCGCAUAAGGUGCAGUCGAGCUGUCUGUUCAAUCUACUGCUCAGCCUGGAAACACCGUCGCCCGAUCCGCUCAACAUAGCGGAGUUGGUCAAAGAACCGAAACCACUCAAGGCGAUCGAUUUCUGCUACCACGAUGAAGAUGAGAUGGUGACGGUGUUGGAUUGCAUCACACUCUGCGUGAUGGUUGUGUCCUACUCCGCCGAAAGCACACGCGGCUAUCAGAUGUUGAUCAUUUUGGAAGCCAUAUUGCCCUGCUACAUGCAGCAGAUACAAUCCUCAUCGUACAUCCCGCUGGAAGGGAAAUGCGAGCGGGACAUUAUUCUGCAGCUUGCCGUGACGAUUCGUACGAUGGUGCAUAACUGCGAGGGUUUAUCGAAGAGCUACAAUGGUCCGUUCCGCAAUAGCCCGGAGCACAAGGGAUCCAGCCAGCGGAACUGUUCCCGAGGUCCGCCAUGCUCUCCGGGGUUGGAUUACGACGACGAGUCGCACGCCAAGUACGUCAGCGAUAUCGGACGCUCGAAGAUGCUGAACGAAUCGGUCGACGAUUCGGAAACGAUACGUGAAUAUCGUCGUCCGCGUGAUGUGCUGCUCUCGGUUGUUGGUGAGUUCAUCAUAUCCGCUUCGACCAGGCUCGCAGAGCUAGCGCGCAAACAGGGCGAACCCAAACCGAUGGAACUGUUGGACGUAAAGUGUCACGUCCGGUUAGCCGAGAUAGCACACUCGCUGCUGAAGGUGUCACCGUACGAUCGCGAAUCGAUGGCCUGCCGCGGUUUGCAGCGGUACAUGCAAUGCAUCUUCCCACGGGCCGAAUGGGCCGACGACCAUGGCAUGAAGCCAACGCUCGUUACCAUUCUGCGUCGGCUGGAUAAGGUGUUCCUGAAGAUCUCGAAAAAGUCUUCGGUGCGUCGCAACACAAACUGGGAGGCUGCUGCCGGCCUGCUGAAGGGUGUUUCCGAAGCAAUCAUUCGCUAUCCGCACAUCCUGCACUGGCGCGAGAUGAAGGCACUGCUCACGAACGUGCAGAAUUUGAUCGUGAACGAGCCGGGCAACUUCCCGGAAGGUGUGUCCGGUGCCGGUGCCGCCCUGAUGUCGAAAAGUCCGCCAGCAUUCUUCUGCUCGAACGUGGUACGGUUGGUCACACUACAGGUGGUGUCGCCGAUCGACUCCGUCUCCCACGGGCUGGAGCAAAUUUGUGGCGGUAGUGCCGAUUUUCCCACGCAGGAAAAGGCGGAAAGCUUCCUGAUGCAUCUGCUGAUGCCACUGUGUCUGAAGGUUUGCAGCGGUCGGGGUAUAUUCGAUGUGGGUGAACUGAAGCAGUCGGACAUUUCGUUUCUGGUGACGGCGGUACUGAACGCCAUGAGCCCGGUUGCGGGCCGUACCACACAGAUGGGUAUGCAGACGAACCGUACCGGGGUGGAUUUGCGUGCCGGAUCGCUCACGUUCACCGGCAGUCGGGACGCAAAACGGCCAUCGAAAAUAUCCAGCUCACUGUAUCAGGCCACCUUUCUCGCCCUGCGCGUAUUGUGCAUUUGUUUCGAAACGCGACUAUCCAACGAAUGGCCACGGAUUGCGCGGGUGAUGCGUGAUCUAGGACGCCGCAAUGAAGCGGCACCGGAGCUGUGGAGUUUCUUGGAGUUUGUCGUGACCCAGCGGACUCCGCUGUACAUCGUACUAAUGCCGUUCAUUAUGCACAAGAUCUCACAACCCCCCAUCGGUGAUCAUGAGCGGCAUAUGCAGUUUUUGAUACGAGAACGAAUGCGUGGCACCCAGCCGACGGGUGGGACAAAGUCCCGUGGUGCUAUUUUAUUGGAACUUUCGCGCGAGUUGCGCGAACUGCGGGAAGAAUUGGAAACGAGACGAUAUGAUCGUGACAUGUCUACGGAAACCUCCAAGCGUGAUAUUCCUAAUAUUCCACCCGUGCCGGAACAGCCACCGGUACGCCAUCAGCAGCGGCCAUCGCUUAUAUCGAUGCUAACCGGUGUGCAACCGCCGGGUGGCUUUCCUGCAUCACUGCAGCAGCAGCAGCAACAGGCAGAUGCCCGCAGUGGUACCGGUAUCUGUACCUCCAGCGAUACCCUCUCGCAGCAAACCCUUCAAGCGCCUAAAGGCGAAUCCCUGUCCAGCUCUACCACCACUACCAACCGUGACGCUGGCCUGAUUGCUGACACGCAGAGUGCCGACCUGACCCUCACCUCCUGCACCUUAGCCGAUGCGGGCUCGGUAGAUCUACAGGCAACCCCGGUCGGUCGGGAUGGGCCCAACAUCGGCGGCAGCAUUCCGCACCUGUCCCACUCCGUAUCGCUGCAGGCGUCCGGUGUAAAGACCCAGCCGCCCCGUUUGCGGUUCGUAUCAUCGGUCGAGUUUAAAACCUCCUCGGGUGAAACGUCGACCACACCGCUAUCGCCCGACAGCCUGGCGGACGACAGCUCCGGUGAGAAUCACAACAAACACCGGCUGCAACGAUCGCGCGCCCAGAGCCGUAAAACGUUCCGCAAUCGGCGCGGACCGUCGGCAUUGCCACCGAUCGUCAAUGAACCACCGUACGUGGAACCGCUGAAUCGGGCCAUUGCCACGCUGGGCGAUCUUAGCUGGGAUUCGGUUUCGCAAACGUCUUCCACAUCCGGGUAUCGCGAUAACUACAGUCUGCAAACCGGCCUGCUCUCGCCGGACGGUUCCCUUUCCGGCAAUGCGAUGGGCGGACGGUCUUCGUCUCAGCAUUCGCUGCUGAUGCUAUUUGAAACGCAGGAUGAGGAUACACUCAUUUAAAUUUGCCAAACCCACCCACAACUGUGGAUCACAAUCUGGCGGAGAUACGAUCCUGUUUUUAUUACCACACUCUCAAACUAGCACCUUGAAGGAUGAUGCUGAAAUGAUUGUUGAAUUUUACCGCUACACAAAAAGGCUGCUGGUCCGGAGUGACCGGGUUCGUAAUCUCCCGGACAUUUGACGGGUAUAGCAUUGGAUGAAAUGAUUGAUAUGAAACUACGUGUUAACAAAGCGAAACGAAUAACUUUUAAAACAUGCACUUACAGUUAAAUCGUCACAACCACCGUUUUGCUGUUCCGAACUAGCAUAUUGCGCCAGGCGCGGUAUACUAGCGCGUCGGAGUACUAGCGAAACAAAGAAAUACACACACCUAGCGACUAAGUACGUCCAUAGAGUAGUAGUGACUGUGAAGAUAUUCAUGUUAACGUUUGUAGUCUGAUAGCAGUGAGAUUGAUUAGGAAAGGUAUGAAAUGUUGCAUAUUACAAAGCAACAUCGUUUAUUACCAGCAUAUACAAUAGUGUGUGAGUUUAUGUGCGUAAGUUGUUGGAAUGUUUGCCAAAAUGUAUCAGUAUUACAAAGCUGCACACUAACGUGUACGCGUGUACACACACACACACACACUCUCCUAGCACGCUGUUUUUUCCCCCCAGAGCGGUCCCCUACAGGACAUUCGUGUGGCUGUACUAAUUUGGGCGCAUCGAAUGCGAUCGAUUGGGUGUUUAAAUUAGUAACGUAAGUUGUUAAAGGCAAAGCUAUCAGUGGGGUGGUUUUGGAGCGAUU